GCCUCUGAGGCUAGAUAUAAAGCGCAAAUUGACCGCAAGGUCCGACAGAGUUAAAAGUGUCGACUUACAUCCGUCAGAACCGUGGAUGUUAUGUUCGCUGUACCAAGGAAAUGUCAACAUCUGGAAUCAUGAAACACAGACACUGGUAAAAACAUUUGAAGUAUGUGAUCUUCCCGUAAGAACUUCAAAAUUUGUGCCCAGAAAAAAUUGGGUUGUAACAGGAUCAGAUGAUAUGCAAGUGAGGGUAUUUAACUACAAUACUUUGGAGCGAGUUCAUUCUUUUGAAGCACACAGUGAUUAUGUCAGAUGUAUUGCGGUCCAUCCAACUCAGCCUUUCAUUCUUACCAGUAGUGAUGACAUGUUAAUAAAAUUAUGGAAUUGGGAGAAGGCAUGGCGAGGACAGCAGGUUUUUGAAGGGCACACUCACUAUGUAAUGCAGAUAGUAUUCAAUCCUAAAGACAAUAACACAUUCGCAAGUGCUUCACUUGACAGAACUGUCAAAGUUUGGCAACUCGGAUCGUCGACUGCGAACUUUACCCUUGAAGGUCACGAGAAAGGAGUAAACUGCGUUGAUUAUUAUCACGGGGGUGACAAGCCAUACUUAAUAUCCGGUGCUGAUGACCGAUAUGUAAAAAUAUGGGAUUAUCAGAACAAAACAUGUGUUCAAACGUUAGAAGGACACACUCAGAACAUAUCUGCAGUCUGUUUCCACCCCGAGCUGCCGAUUGUCUUAACUGGAUCCGAGGAUGGCACGGUGAGAAUCUGGCAUGCAGGUACCUACAGGCUGGAGUCUUCUCUCAACUAUGGCUUCGAGAGAGUCUGGACUAUCUCCAGCAUGCGUGGCUCGAACAACGUGGCCAUCGGUUACGACGAAGGAAGUGUUAUGAUAAAAGUUGGUAGAGAAGAGCCAGCUGUCUCCAUGGACUCGAUGGGAGGAAAAAUUGUUUGGGCAAGACACAGCGAGAUCCAGCAAGUUAAUCUCAAGGCCAUGGGAGAAGAAGUUCAAGACGGAGAACGUCUGCCGUUGGCUGUUAAAGAUAUGGGUGCUUGCGAAAUUUAUCCUCAGACUAUUCAGCAUAAUCCCAAUGGUCGGUUCCUGGUUGUUUGUGGAGAUGGCGAGUAUAUUAUCUACACCUCAAUGGCGCUGAGAAAUAAGGCCUUUGGUCAAGCUUUGGAGUUUGUUUGGGCCGCUGAUUCCAGUCAGUAUGCUGUACGUGAAAGUUCGUCGGUUGUCAAAGUAUUCAAAAAUUUCAAGGAAAAGAAAGCUUUGAAACCCGACUUUGGUGUUGACGGAAUAUUCGGUGGUUUUCUUUUGGGAGUUUCAUCAGUCUCAGGGCUUUCAUUCUUCGACUGGGAAAAUCUCAGACUGAUAAGACGUAUUGACAUUCAACCAACACACGUCUACUGGGCUGAGAACGCAUCACUAAUAGCCCUCGCGACUACUGACCAGUACUUUAUCCUAAAGUACCACAGCGAGGCGGUGCUAAAUGCAGACGAGACCGCAGAAGAUAUUGAAGAUGCUUUUGAAAUGGUCGCGGAAAUGAAUGAAGUUGUCAAGACUGGUUGCUGGAUAGGAGACUGCUUCAUCUACACCAACAGCGUGAAUCGUAUAAAUUACUUCGUAGGUGGUGAAGUCGUCACUAUUUCUCAUCUGGACCGUCCAAUGUACCUCCUGGGCUACGUUCCCAAGGACAAUCGUCUCUACUUGUGUGACAAAGAGCUGGGAAUCGUUUCUUACUCGCUAUUACUUUCAGUACUGGAGUACCAGACCGCGGUGAUGCGAAAAGACUUCGAGACAGCUGACCGUGUACUGCCGACAGUACCUAAAGAACACCGUACUCGGGUCGCUCACUUCUUGGAGAAGCAAGGCUUCAAGAGACAAGCUCUUGAAGUCUCAACAGACCCCGAGCACAGAUUUGAGCUCGCUCUCUCCCUAGGUGACCUUGAAACAGCUCACACUCUCGCCAAAGAAGCCAGCAGCCAGCAAAAAUGGCAGCAGUUGGCUUCUCUUGCCACUCAGCAAGGAAAACUUAGACUUGCGCAAGAAUGCCUACACCACGCACAAGACUUUGGUGGGUUACUUUUACUGGCCACUAGCACUGGCAACGGAAGCAUGAUUGAAAAACUUGGACAAGCAGCUGAUGAAAGUGGGAAGAAUAAUAUAUCAUUUUUAUCAAACUUCUUGUUGGGUAAAGUUGACGAGUGUUUGGAAAUUUUAAUAAAAACUGAUCGGAUUCCCGAAGCCGCUUUCUUUGCACGAGCUUAUGCGCCAAGUAAAAUUUCUUAUGUCGUAAAAUUGUGGAAGGAAAAACUUUCUGCAGUCAGUGAAAAAGCUGGACAAAGUUUGGCUGAUCCAGAACAGUAUGAGAAUUUAUUCCCGGGUUACAGAGAAGCGCUCAAGUUAAAUAUUGAGCGAAAACCCGCUGAAGAAAUGUUAGCCGCUGGACAUGGUACUCACGAUGACGAACAAGCGGAUGAUGACAACAAAAAGGAUGAUUAUUUGGCCAACAGAUUGCAAGGGCUUGAUUUAGAUCAAGCUGCCGCUCAAAUGAAGCCGUUAGUGCCUGAAAAAGUAACGAAUCCCAAAAGUACUUCGAGACCAUUGACGGUAGAGGAUGAUGAGGAUUUGGAUUUGGAUCUCGAGCUUGAUGAAAACAUCGACACCACUGUCCAUUAA